CACACGCACGCAUUCAUCGAGCACAUUCCUCCCGUGAGCGCGCGCUACUCCGCGCUCCCGUGCCGCAGCGUGAUUACUGCUCGCCGCUCGAGGCCGGGGCUCCGGCGCGCGGAACCCUAGCGCGGGCGCGGAGCUCACCGGGCCUCCGCGCCGCCGCUCUGGUAUGGCUGCGGAGGCGGCGGCGGAGCCAUGGUGAGGGGCCUAGCGCCGGCAGCGGCGCUCCGCGGCCGCGCGGCCGCCGCCGCGGCGAGGUGGUGCACCUGCCGGCGCGUCGCCGUGGCCCUCUGCCUGGGCAACCUCGUCGCCGCGCUGCUCGUGGCCCGCGCGCUCUACGCGCCCGGCACCUUCGCCUCUGCACCGAAGCGCGGGGAGGCGAGGUAUUCCAGGGAGCAGAUGAGGUGGGUGGAGGAGUCGAUCCGGAUUCGCCGCGCUGCCGAGCCCGCCGAGCUCAUUGAAGCGGUUGAGAAACUGCGCAGGGCGUUCGUGAGGGAAGAGAAGAGGCGGAAGGAGCUGCCGCUGGAGCUGAAGCAGAAAGUUUCGCAUGAGAUUUUGCAGAGGCUGCGUGAUUUGGGGGAGAAUCGCAAUACCACCGAACAACGAGAAGCUGUAGAGUCAUGGCGUGUUGAGAAGCUUAAGUAUAUCAGAAGUUCAUCAACUCAGAAUUUAUCUAAUUUUGGCCUCUCCGGUGAAGAAUCAAGGAUGUUAAAGCGAGCCUUGGAUUUUAACUGGCGAAUGCUAUUGGAGGACAUUGGUCUUUGGAUACCUCCCACUGUCCAUCAUAUUGAACAUGAUGACAAGCCGGAGAAUGAACAAGAAGAAGAAGAGAUAGUACCUGGUCCACCUUUGCCCCCUGAAUGCAAUGCUGAACUGCAUACUGAUUAUGGUGGCACUGCUGUUAGAUGGGGCUUAACACACCACAAAGAAAGUGCUGCAGAUUGCUGUCAAGCUUGUAUAGAUCAGGCUAAGAGGGCCAAGCCAGGAGCUUUGAAGUGCAAUAUUUGGGUUUACUGUCCAUCUGAGUAUGGAUGCUACUCGCCAGACAAAUAUGAACACAAACAUCAAGAAUGCUGGUUGAAACAGGCAGACCACCCUAAAUUAAACUUCAAAGACCGUUACUCUGAGCCGUACCGAGAUUCUCAUCCGACUGCUCCUGUCGUUGUGCCAUGGAUGUCAGGUGUCAUCAGUGCAUGAGCUGCCUGCCUAGUGGCCACAAGAGCUCAUUUCCAGAGCACAGGAAAGCUUAUAUCAUCCCAAACAUUGGAUCACCACUUCAUUGAUUGCAAUUUGCAACUGUUCUCAUGAAACUUGAUGGAGUUCAGAUGUGGGAAGGAUAUGAGGCGGUCUGCGGGCAGGACUGCGUGUUCAUGGCUGACUUGUGCAGAGGAGAUGGAGGGAUUUGGGUAAAAUUGACAGUGCGACUGUUCCUUACAUUCUAACAUUCUGCUUGCUGGAUCUUGAUAUCUGCACCUGUCUACGGAAUUGGCGUUGCCCCAAAUACAGAGAGUUUUUCCCCAGAAUAUAUUUAUAUUUUCAUGCUUAGGCUGCAACAGACAGCCAGAUUGUAUAUGUAAAAACGCGGCAUGUCCUCUUGGCCCUUGGUCAUCUCCUCCCAAAAAAAUCUACAAGAAAUUCAGGUUUUGUUUGGAAUAGAGUA